AUAUCAAAAAGCCGCAAUAAGCAACUCCGAGAAAUGUUUGCUGAAGGUUUCGGCAUUCAUCACGCUGGGAUGCUGAGGCAGGACCGUAACCUUGUAGAACGUUACUUCUCUGAGGGUCACAUCAAGGUGCUGGUCUGCACGGCCACACUUGCCUGGGGUGUCAAUCUCCCUGCACAUGCAGUCAUCAUCAAGGUUGGUUGGAGAGUAUUUGGCAGCAGCAUUGCAUCAGAUCAUGAAGCGUUUCUAUACUAACCUUAACAUAUCAGUAAUGCACACCCUAAUGCUGUAAUUUUAUUUUAUUCUUCAGAAUAGAAAAAGAGACAGAACUUUGUCUUUUCAUUUGAAGAUGCCAUGCUCUUGGUUAUUUUAAAAUGAAUUUUUUUGUUAAACAGGGUACUCAAAUCUAUGAUGCAAAGAGGGGCUCCUUUGUGGACCUUGGCAUUCUGGAUGUUAUGCAAAUUUUUGGACGUGCAGGUCGGCCUCAGUUUGAUACGUUUGGACAUGGCACCAUC